AUGAGACUUCCGGCGACGGCCCAGAGCGGAGCGGACCCCAAUCUUCUCAUCGUGAGCGUCAUGAACAUGGCGGGCGUGAGCCAGUUCAUCGCUAUCACGGGGAUGAAAGCCCCUGGCGGGACGAGCGGGAUGACCGCCGAGGAAGAGAGCCCGUCGAUCAACGAGAUCGUCACGAGUACGGGUCUUCCUCUCGACGUCGGCCGAGAACCCAUGAUGUUGAAAGUAUUGAGAGCCACGAGCGACACUACGAAUACCCGCGUAGCCACUCGCCGGAUCAAGAACCGUCGCGUCGUAGAUCUCAUCGUCGUGGCGAGUACAGAGACGAACUUGAACCUUGGAAACGCCGUCAGAGAAGCCGCAACCGCUCUCCUCCAGACUCGCUGUACAGCAGACCAGAUCAUCCCAGCCACGUCAGCAGCAACAGGCCUGACGAGUUCCACACAAGGCAUGCCUACCCACGAGGCGGAAACACGCGCUCGCGAGAGCACGUUACAAGCAACCGUUCUCGUCGCCCGACCGGCCCUGCGCACCGGUACUGGCCCAACGACCAAACAGAAGAGGAGGACUUUCGUGACGGACGGCAGGACCAGGCUCUCCCAGGACGACGCAGAGAGGAGCCUGAGAAAGAUCCGUUCCGAAGCGCGGCUCCUCCUCUCCAAGAUCUCGGGGCCUGAGGACGAGUCCAGGGAGCACGCGCCGCUGCGGCGCCGCACGACGUUCCAAGACCUCAGGCCAGCAGCAGGUCUCGCUGUGCCGAGCUCUGCCACUUCUUUAGCCGGCGAGACCUCGCCGGAGGGGCCGAGGCUGUCGGCCCGGGAGAAGGGGAAGGGGAGGGCUGGUCCCUCUGAGCCGCGUCGCCAGAGCAAGUCCCACUACCCCGCCGCUGAGGAGGACUCGGAGCACCGGGAGGGCGACCGCAUGUCGACGGCCGGGGGCCCUAUACUGGGCUCACUGGCGCACCCGGCCGCUCCCCGUCGUCGGACGAGCGCCGAGGCGGGCGGUGGUGAGCACCAGUGUGACUGGAAGGAGAAGUACGACGCCCUCAGGGCGGAGGUCGAUCAGGCCGCCUCCGGUGCCGCCGAGGCUGGCGAUGACCACCAGUGCGGGUGGAGGGAGAAGUACGCCGCGCUCAAGAAGCCGGAGGACGGCGAGGGCCAGGGCCAGCGGGACGAUAUCGGCCUGGAGGGGCUGACGAUCGUGCUGCACCUCAGAGGCAGGGACGACCUCGUCAUCAACACGGACUUGAGGGAGCUGGAUGCCAAGGGAUGA